UUCCAAACACUAUGAAUACGACGUGUGGUGCAAUUCACUGAGACAUCGCGCCAUGCGUGCAAUGCCAUCGCCAUAUUGCGCCUUACGAGCAUGCUCUUGAAAAUGCCCUAUGCUAAUGCACGGGAGUAAUGCAAAAACCAAUUGACGGACUUUUUGAAGUCAUCGACGUCGAAGAACAGGAAGUAUCAUUCAACCGGAAAUGAAGUGGAUCAGCGAAGGUGCUUAGCAUUGGUGGAGAUUUCUCAUGUUUCGACGUUGACUUCCGGUCUGCAUCCUCCGAAGUUCCCAUUGAUUUGAGUGUUGCUGUAGCUGUAAGCCCCUUGGUGCUGCCCGGCCAUGGACAGCCUACCCACCGAGCUGCUGCUGGAGGUGUUUUCGUGGCUCCAGGACGGCGAGACGCUGCUUGACGGCGUGGCACUGGUGUGCAAACGCUGGCACGCCCUGUCACGUGACCCGCAGGCCUGGCGCGGCGUGCGCGUCGAGUUCGGCAUGUGGUGUUGGCGUUGGCGAGGCACCGAGCGCGCCAAGAGAGAAAAGGCCGCCAUGGACAAGGCGCGCGUGGUGCUGCACGCCCCCGUCUUGCGCUUUCUCGGCUGGUCUUGGAACUACCUCGGGCAGCACAUCAACGUACCUCAAGCCAUGGCCCUGUCGGCUGUGCGUCGCAGCCGUGCGGCCAUACGCGAGAUCCUCAUGGACGGCGCAUCUUUCAUGGCCGACCCUGCCUGGGCUGUGUUCUACGGCCUGCUCUGGCGCAACAGGGAACACCUGACCACCCUCGGCUUGGAGACGCCCCAGGAGUGGGUAGAGGACGAAGAGGAGGAGGACAUGUUCGAUGCAGCAGUGGCUUUAGAGGAGUGCGACCUGGCCCUGGAGGAAGACCAGAGCGACAAGGUGGCUGCCUGGGUCGAGGCAGACGGUGACGACUCUCGUUCCCUGCUGGAAAUACUGGCGGAGCUGCGGCGCCUGGAAUCGCUGGGGCUGGAAAUGCAGUUCUUUCUUCCGUACGCCGCGGAGUUCCAAGUCAAGGAGGACCUACUUCCCGCGCUUAGGUCCCUGGAGAUUGAGAGGGAGGGCCCUCCCCAGCUGAUGGUGGACUUGGUGCGCGGCACUGCCGCCAGGCUGCGCCACCUCCGCCUGCCCGACGAGCACCAGCUGGGCAGGUUCCUGAUCCGAGCCGGCAAAACACCGCGCGGCCUGCCGCCCAAGCUCCUGGAGAGCGUGUCGCACUGCGCCCAGCUCCGCAGCCUGGCCGCCAACCUCAUGCACGUGGGCUGUGUGGUCGGCUUGCGGCACCUGCGCAGCCUGGAGCUGUGGCUGUCGCACCAGGAGGUGCAACCCGAGGAUGCAGCUCGCAGCACAUGCCUCCUGGCCCGGCAUGGUGAGUGCCUGGCCGGGCUGCGUCGCCUCACGAUCAUCACCAAGGGGUUUGCCCACGGCCCGCAGUACUGGGAGGCGGCCAGGCCCGCGCUGGCCGAGCUGUUGCUGGCCGUGGCUCGCGCGGCGCACAACGCCACCGAACUGGAAAUACGGCUGGACGAGGGCUUUGUGGACUUGGUCGACCAACUUCUGGCCUGUCUGCCGCGCCUCCAGGAUCUCUUCCUCCAUUGGGCCGGGCAGAAGGAUCACGUGGAGGCGCUGGCAGCACUGCCGGAGCUGCGACGGGUGUCAGGGGCUGUGACCCACCACGGCUUGUCCAAGUCCGCCCUGAUCGCGGCCCUGAAGAUGGCGCGACCAGACCUCGAGCGAGUCGACAUCUUCUAGGGGAGUUGUGUUGAAGCCAGCUACAUGUCAACGAGGACUUCGUGCUUGUGGGGCGCAUCUUUUCUUUAACUUGCUGUGAUUUUACAGUGAUGCAUCUAGUGAACGUGCGUAUGUUUUCUUCAGCUCGCUGUUAUAGGGUAAAAUCAAGUAGAGAAGCUAUGGACGCGAGGAUGGGUCCAGAACGGAACUAGUUCUGUUUGUCAGAAUGUAAGCUCUACUUUGUCGAUAUGGCUGGCUGUCUAUUUCCUUGCGAGUUUCAAGUUACUGGGCACGUUCUGUGCUGUUGUCACUUUCGGCCAUGUAGCCUCCCUGUGUAUGUAGCAAGUGCUGUGUUUUGUAUUCACUUGAAAUAGAUUGCUUUCUAAGUAUCUAA